GUCCAUAAGGGUGGGCAGCACUAUUUUUGUUUUGAUGUUUUUGCUGGAAAGUAAACAGAAAUUGUACAAAUGAGUUAAUUUAGUUAAAACAAGGCUGAUGGAGGACAGAAACUCAGAGGACAUGGCCAGGAAAAAGACUAGAAAACGGAGUAAGCAGCGCAGAAGCCGCAAGAGAAGCGAGGCAAAGCCAAAACCACAAACAACUCGAGAUCAUUGGACCAAUGGAGUUCAAAUAUACCACAGUCUAUUCGAAUGGCACCGCAGCCAUGUUAUGAGCUUGUGUUGUCCAACUUAUCCUAGUCAGGAUCGGGAGUACGAGGAUCGCCAGGAUAACACUGAAACAAACCACUGCCUUGACUAUGUUUUCGAAAGUUCCUCGGAGGAGGAGGAGGACGAACCCAUUGACGAGGAGUACCUGAAGUUUCUGGAGGUGACGAUCAAGCAUCAGCAGGAACUCAGAGAUCGAAGAGCUGCCCAAACCACCGCGUCCCUAGAUUAAGCUUAGGAUAACGAUUCUAUUUACAGGAGGGAUGAUAUUAUGUCUCUUAAGUCUACAAACCUUAUUAUACACUUGACAACCACUUUGUUUCUACACAAUAUUGUUUAUUAAUCGCUUUCGACUUAUACAUUAUUAUUAUUCAAAAUUGUACGUUAUACACAUAAUAGUAACACUAAUUGUAAGCUGG